UUGGCCACUGCUCCACAUUUAACACCCCGCAUUCAUAAACAAGAAAAGAAAAGAAGAACCAUCUGACAAGAGCAGCAUCCACUGGUAGCUGCCUCACUGUGUAUUGCGCUCAGCACGUCGCCAGAACAGAAGCCAGACAAAUAAAAGAGGGGAAAAUGGCCAAAAGUGAGAUGCAAAGAGGAAGUUUGAAGAGUGAGGAGUUCUUUUUUGAUUCCGAGGCGUCUCUAUUGGAUCAGCAAGAUUUUGAGAUGUCUAAUUGCCCUUUCAAUGACGUCUUUAACUCCAAAGACUCCCACAUGAAGCAGAUCAACACUUUUCUGAAAAACGUCCAAGUUUUGCUGGAGGCUGCUAGGUUUCUUGAGAGCGCCGACAGAAAGGACGGAAGUGAUGUGGAACACGGAUAUGCUUCGACAUUUCCAUCAAAUGAGGACACAAACUACCAGAGGCAAAGGAAAUUUCGAAACAAGAAGUUCAGCAAUAACCACAAUAGGUCCACACACAAUGAGCUGGAGAAGAAUAGACGAGCUCAUCUGCGGCUGUGUCUCGAGCGGUUGAAGGCCCUCAUACCCCUGGGACCCGACUGCAACCGGCACACAACCCUGGGCCUGCUCAACAAAGCCAAAUCACACAUAAAGAAACUUGAAGAUGCAGACAGGAAGAGCCAGUACCAGCUGGAGUCUCUGGAGCGGGAGCAGCGGCACCUCCAGCGCCAGCUGGAGCUGCUGAGGGGGGGCAGUGGUGCUGCAGCCCAGAGCAGCCCAGGGGAGGGGGAGAGGAUACGCAUGGACAGUGUGGGCUCCACCCUCUGCUCCGACCGCUCCGACUCUGACCAGGAGGAGAUUGAGGUGGAUGUGGAAAGCACAGAGUUCUCCCAUGGAGAGCUGGACAGUGUGAGCACAGCCAGCACCAGCGACCUGGACGACCACAGCAGCCUGCAGAGCAUGGCCAGCGACGAGGGCUACUCCUCCUGCAGUGUCAAACUUGCCUUCUCCUCCUAGACCUCCCACUCCGCCACCGCCAGCAUCUCCUCCCUGCCAAACCCGCCGGCCCUCCCAUCUGUUUCUCCAUCCAGCCAUGUCUACGUGCACACACCCCCGCCGUCACCUCCGCCUACGACGGCCACAGCUGACAGCGUUCCUGUCGCUCCUGCCUCUCAGCAACGCCCCCUAUGGCUCCUAGCCUUUAGUCCCCCCCCCCCCCCCUUUACUCCUGUGCUGCUGAGGAGCUCCACUGAAAGCUUUCCUGAACUUUGAGCCGCCAAGACCAACACCAGGGACACAAACACAGCCAUGUGAAACUGCCCAUCGAUUUUAAUCUGCUUUUAAAGGAAGAUCAGAGUUGGUUGAUAUAUAUAUAAAAAAAACAUCAUCCCGGUUUUUUAAACCCACGCAAUUGAAAUUAAUGAUUGAUUCUACCUUUUCGCUUUUGAUGAACUCUUAAAUGUCUGAAUUCUUUUUAAUAUUACACAACCCCGAAUUUGACUUGAAAUGCACUUAAAUUCGCAUGAUAUGAAAUAAUUCAGAGUUUAGGGUUCUUCCUCCUGUGGGCUGUGUGUUUCCUGUGUAUCCCUUCUUAACGUUGUGGUGUUGGGUCUGGUUAAACGGCAGCACAUCUAAUCUGGACUGUAAUCAACACUGUGGGUGAACUUUGCCAUAUCAGCACAGCUUGGCCCUGAUGAACGUCCCUUCAGGCCUGAAUUUAGUCCUUGUCUUAUCGUUUUUCAUUACCUCUGUUCGACACCGCAGAAGCUCGGACACUCGAAUUGGUGCUAUUGUGAAACAAACCAAUGGGAAAAGCAGAUCAGAUCCACCACCACGGAGCUUUUAAAGCAAACAAAGUGUGUCUGCAGUGAUUGUUUCCCACCAGGCACGGAGGAAAACAACCAAAAAAAUGGAGGAAAAAACAACAUUCCUGUUGAAUGUGGGUGCUCAGUGCAUUUUCAAAGAGUGCAAAUUGUAACUUGUGUGUUUUGUUUUGGUUUCUCUCCCCUCGACAAGCAGCUACGACAAGCUAUCCUGCACUUGCCUACUUUAGAGCUGUCCAUAGAAAUGGCACAAACCAACAAAAAAAAACAAGAACAGCAACAAGGAAAAAGUCCAAACAACAACAAACUUUGGAAUAGAUCCAUUCUCUUUCCAGCAGUAACAAGCAAUAACUCUUGUAGUCCUUUUUGUCUCGUCAGAUUGAACCCCCUUCCUCUUAUUUUUCUUCUCCCCUAUGAAGACUGUGUGACCGUCCAAAAAGCAGAUGUAUAUUCUUUUGUUUGUACAUAAAAAUAGCUUAAUUAAUUCAACCUUACAAAGGAGUUAAAAAAAAGUUAGAGCUCAUGGAUAGAAUAUAUUGCCUCUGUUGCUGUUUGACCUGUGUUUAUUGUGAAUGUCAAAACUUUUGGGGGGGAUGUAUUUGGCAUUCCUGACGUGGUCAGGUGAUCUGUGGAGGGAAAGCCUGGAGUUUAGGGAGGAAAAAACGGGUUGUAUGAUGUCAAUGUUCGCUAUCCCAACUCCACUGGCAUUAAGAAUUGCACUUCAGCCACAGCUCUAUGUACAUUUUAUUUCCCACUGUCCUUCGCUCAUGGAGCUCACCUGAAUCCUUUUGUAUGUGGAAAAAAUACUAAAUAACUCCUUUUAAAAUAUUUAUUUCUCAAUCCCUCAAAUGACACAAGCAAUGGGGAAAGAGAAGUUAACUUAUUUUGGUUGUGUCUUAUUGUACUCCUCCUUUUGAUGCUUAUUACUCAUUCCUUAUUUUUAAGAAUUGUAUAUUUUAUGGCAUAUUGUAAUUUUGUUUUCGUGGUGGUGUGGGUGGGACGGGAUAUGAAAUGUAGCCAUUUUGUUUUAUUUUUAUUUUAUGUUUUAUUCAAUGGACACUUGAAAUGUAAUCGGCCCCUAAGCUGCUCCUGGUGCUGAGCCCCGCUUGUUUAGAGUCACCAGCCUUGUCCUCAGUUGACCCCCCCCCCCCCCCCCCGAACAACACGCAAUGCCUGAGAUGAUACAUGCAGACCCUAAACAACACGAUAGCCAGAUAGACAAGAUGGCUUCCCUCCAUACCCAGCCUUCUUCACUACUAGUAUAUCAAUUCUCCUGUCCCGUUGUUUUAGGGUCUGUGCUGAGGGGGUGGGGGUCAUCUCUUCACAAGGUUUUAUCUAUGGCCAAGACUUUACUGGCAAAUUGAGCCAGCUACUACACAAUAAAAGGGGUCUAAAACUCCACCUUCCUCUAUUAGAGGGGUUGUAGUCUCUAUUAGACUUGUGUUUUAGUUGACAAAAUGUGUCUUACAUUUACAAUUCAAUGCCUCCGACUGAGGAUUUCAAGAAGAAAAUCAACAAAAUGAACAAAUCCUUUUGGUUUUUCUGAAGGACGUCAUUAAGGUGUAGAGUUUGACAUGUAAGCUCUUUGAGGAGCUAUGUUGAGGUUGUUGGACUUGGCACUGAAUCAGAAAGUCAAUGCUUCAGGUGCUUGACUAUUUAAAUAAAACAAAUGCCAAAAACACCUUA